AUGCCUUCCAACACCAGGGGCGUCUUCUCCCUGAUCAUUAUCAAUAAAGCCGGUGGUCUGAUCUACCAGCGCGAGUUCCAGUCUGGCCUGCGCAACCUUUCCACAAAUGACUACCUUGUCCUAGCCGGCACCUUUCAUGGUGUUCACGCAAUCACUCGCUCUAUCACACCGAAAAUUCCCAUCGCUCAACCAGCUCCCUCCCCCGCAACCUCUUCAACAGGAACCACUGCUCCUGCGGCGUCCGGUUACUCCUACCCAAACCCCGGUGUACCAGUCUCCGGUUUGGAUUACCUCGAGACCGACAAGUUCCGAUUGACCUGUUUCCAGACCCUGACGGGGACAAAAUUCUUGUUGUUCACAGAUCCCUUGACCGGUAGCGUGGACACAAUCAUCCAAAAAAUCUACGAGCUCUAUGCGGACUACGUGAUGAAGAAUCCAUUCUAUCAGAUUGAGAUGCCAGUGCGAUGUGAGGCUUUCGAUCGGCAUCUGGGGGCGUGGUUGAGGGGGAGGGCAUAG